GAAUUGUAUUGUUUACCCUGCCAUGGCAAAAUGGGCGUCCCCACCCGUGGAGCAUGUAGAAGACCAAUUGAAGGACGUGUGGUGAAUGCUAUGGGCAAACAGUGGCACGUGGAGCAUUUUGUUUGUGCCAAAUGUGAAAAGCCAUUCCUGGGUCACCGUCAUUAUGAGAGAAAAGGCCUGGCAUAUUGUGAGACCCACUACAAUCAGAAACUUACUUCACCUGUGAGCAUAGAGCUAAUUAGCAGGCAUUCCCCUGCGGUCAGUCUUUAUGGGCUUCUCUAUAGAGCUAUGGAUCUGCACAGAGAUGGUGUUGGAAUUGAAAAGCAGGUUUUGUAUUCGUGUCUCCUGUGUACCCUACCUCAGCGCAUGGCAGCCAUGCGGGAUGUCUUUCUGGUGUCCUACCUGCAGAGGUGGGCAGGACCCCUUGCCAUCCUGACUUCUCCCUCAGUCCCAGCUGAGGAAACAUAGAAACAUGUACAGCAUAUGCUCGUUGACUGCCUUGCAGAGUGCUUCUUCUGGAAUUAUGGAAAAGGCACAGAAGGAAAAUAGUGCAUCUAACAAAGCGCUCGUGUGAUGCAGCUGUAUCCGUUCUUAAUCUUCCAUUAAUGCCUCAUCGUAAGAGUACUGUACUUUCCGUUUGUUUCAUUUACCAAAGGUCAGCAUACUCGGAAGCUAUUGUCAUAGAGCAUUACAGACUUUCUACAUAUUUCUCUGGUAUUGUUCCAAGCAUUCGUAUGCGCGGAUGAGUCAAUUGGUAUGCAGAUUGUCUAUCAUUAAAACCAUUUCAAAAUCA